AUGUCCGGUCUUGAAAUCGUCGCAGCAGUGUCUGCUGUUGUUUCCGCGUUCCACGGUGGAUCAGAGCUCCUCAAGCUUGUCAAGCAGAAACGCCGCGCCCGUAAAGCCCGCGAUCAAGGUCAGCAAGAAUGGGAAGAGGAGCAGCUACAAGCUUCUCUUAUCGCUGGGGAAAAACAGAUCGAUCAGAGAUAUAAGCAAGAUCAGAGAGAGUUGGGUGACUAUGUGCGCAUUGGUGAUGAUACCGCACGGGAACGUCUCUACCAUAUAGGCUUCAUGCUGCAGGCCGAAAUAAUCAACAGCUUACGGCAAGCCGCUACGAAGUGA